AUGACCCGGCAGCAUGUUGAUGCUUCUACCACCACUGCUGUUCAGAGGAAGACCGGCUCUCAUGCGACCGAUGCCCAUACGUUGAAGAAUCGAUCUGAUUCAUCGUCCCAAAGCGGAUUCAAGCCGCCGUCUGUUAGCUUCACCAACGUCGCCGAAUUUGAAAAUGAGAGCACGAUAGACUCCCCCGAGAACUUCUUUGAGAACCUACCAAUGCGACCUCGCAGUCUAUCGCAUCAUCUCUCCGCCGAGAAGGUCCCUUCACGAUCAUGGCUACGGACACAGGCGCGCUUCUGGCGCGCUAUGAUGAGCUUCGCCAUGCACUUCCACGACAUGGCCCGACCGCGACCGCCACGACCAGCGUACAAGCGCAGAAUACCUACCGACACCAUCCCUAUCGAUCUGCACUUCUAUCUGCCUCCAGAAUACUAUAACACCCUUCGGCAAGAUCCUCGCCACCGUUUCCCUUGCAUCGUCAACUUCCACGGUGGAGGCUUCUCUCUCGGCGACGCUCGAGAUGAUCGGUAUUGGGCACGUGUUGCUAUGAAGGAGACGAAUGCUGUCUUCGUCAGUGUCAACUAUCGCCGGGCCCCUGAACACCCCUUUCCCACCGCUGUCGAUGAUUCCGCCGACGCCAUCCUGUACAUCUCCGACCACGCUGCCGAUCUCCAUAUCGACCCUACCAACAUCGCCCUGAGCGGUUUCAGCGCGGGAGCCAAUCUGGUUUUCUCGGUUCCUCUUCGCCUUGCGUACCACCGCAAGAUCAAAACCACUAUCUCCAGAAAGUCUCACCCACUCCCUCCGUUUGCACCCCAGGACAACAGUCACCUCAAAGUUGGCCAGAGUAACGGGGGCCCUUUUCAUUCCCCAUUCGAUACACCAUCACCGACCGCAUCCCGAGUCAGCACACAUCGUGAAGAGGACCCGGGCCAUGAUUAUGGGUUUGAUGAUGAUAACGACAAUCGCCCGGUCUCUCCUAUCUCUGAUUCAGACGAUCAUUCGACCCACCAACCUGAAACGCCACUCAAUCCUCCACCCCAGACCCGCGACUUCGCCCAACGGCCGACCCCCUCGCAAUCCACCACCAGCCUCAUGCUCAUGCGUACACGCGACGGUGCUCCAAUACGCAUAACCACGAUAGUAGCCUGGUACCCACUUCUGGACUGGACGCAAUCGCGCUCCUCCAAGGUUCGCAACAGUCUCAACCCGCCCAAAACACUCCCCAAACUCUUCACCGACCUAUUCGACCACGCGUACCUACCGCCUCCAGACCCGGCCGGGAGCCACGCCAGCCCGUAUGCCUCCCCCGGCCUGGCCCCCUCACACAUGCUCGCCGACGCCUUACCUGGCGACAUCCAGCUCUGGCUGUGCGAGUGGGACAUGCUGCUCAAGGAAGGCCAAACCUUCAGCUCUCGCCUCGAGCAGCUGGGGAAGCAGGUCGACACGAAGCUGAUCCCACGCGUGCCCCACGGCUGGGACAAGUCGCCCAACCCAUUCCGUGACCAGGGCGCCAUCGACCAGCUGUACGAGAAGGCCGCGCGAGGGAUCCACUCGGCCUUCACAAUGGAGCAUGGCGGUGUGCGGAGCAGCGCGAGCAGCGUCAGCGAAAGCGUCGUGCAACGACAGCCCAGAGGAAGUGUGGUGCUGCCACUGUGA